CCAAAUCGGCAAAUCAUGUUUUGGGUCUUUUGCCGCAGUCUCUCCGCGACUCUAGUCUCCUCUUUUCGUGGGGGUAGGGUGCAGAUCUCUGUUCAGGUUUUCUCCUCUCCCAACACAAAACAAAGUUGCAGACCCAUUAUUCCUCGCAAACCAAUCUCUCUUCCUUUCACUUUGAAGCUUCUUCUUCUCUGCUUCAGGUUCGUUCUCUUCCUAAAUAUUCUCCGAUUCGUUUUCGGUUUCCGUCUUCAGAUUCCGGAGCGAACUUCCAGAUCCAAGUGCACAACCCAAGCUCAUGUCCAUGAAGAAAGACAAAGAUUAAUCUGCUGGAGUAACUUGAUAACAGAGCACAGCCAAGCCAUUUUGAACUCUUUGUACUCAUUUUACUGGAACUUGACUAGAAAUUGGGAGUUGAGGGGAUCCAAAAUGAAUAGAGAGUGGAUUCAUUCUAAAAACAAACUCAGCCAAGAAUACAAGGAUGGUAUUCAGUCUUUCAUUGAAUUAAGGGAGACUUUGCUUUCUUAUCUUAUCAAAAUCACAACUGCUUAUUGUCUCUGGAUCGAUAUGUGGCUAGGAGAAUGAAGGUUAAUUAUGUGGUAGGCUCCUACCUUGAUCCCCUUAUAGUUAAGGUAUACUGAUCAUACACAUGUUCAAGGAUGGUCUAUAUGCCUCUGGUUCUCCAUCAAAAGCUGUCUGCAUUAUUGAUCUUAAUUGUUACAAAUAUUUUUUAUAGUUGAAGACUUGUGAAGCAUACUAUGAAAGUGCUCAAUUUGUUCAUGUUUGUUGGAUUUGAAAAAAGAGUUGAUGUUUGGCUCUGUUUAUUACUAUAAUAAAUUCAAAUUUUUGGUAAAAACAAAUUCUAUUUAUAUAAUUGGCGACAACCAUUAGAUUUG